UCAAACAAAUUUCAUUUAGAUAAUAAAGCAACAUAAUUAAUUAAUCAAAUAUGUUUAAAUUAGAAAACUUGAUACAACACUGUGUAAUGCAAUUGGUAGAAGAAAAAUAAGGAGUGAAAAAGAAUAAAGCUUUGAAAAUGUAUAAUGCAUUUGAUGAGGAAGAAGAUGAAAAUAUUAGUGCUAGUGUUGUACAAAACGACUACGUUUUCAGCAUUGAUAGAAGCCUGAUAAUUGAUCCUCGUCGUGUUCUUGUUCGUAGAUUAAUCUCUGAAGGCUCUUAUUCUCUUGUCUAUGAAGGAGUGUUUGAAUCUAAACCUGUUGCAGUGAAGAUAAUUCAGCCAAUGAAAACGUCAGCUGUAAUUCUUGAUCACAAAGAAAAAUUUCAGAGAGAGGUUAUGCUGCAAUCUAGAUUGAACCAUGAAAAUGUUCUCAAGUUGAUCGGUGCAUCAGUGGAACCAGCUAUGUUCUUAAUCACCGAACUUAUGGGAGGUGAUACGCUACAGAAGUAUUUGUGGAGCAUUCGGCCUAAGCGUUUGGAUCUUAAACUUUCUAUAAGUUUUGCGCUGGAUGUUUGCAGGGCUAUGGCAUAUGUGCACGAAUAUGGAAUCAUUCAUCGAGACCUGAAGCCUAGCAAUCUACUUCUAACUAAUGAUAGAAAACAAAUUAAGGUGGCCGACUUUGGCCUAGCAAGAGAGGAGGUAUCAAAUGAAAUGACUUGUGAAGCCGGCACUUACCGGUGGAUGGCUCCCGAGCUUUUCAGCAAAGAAGCACUUCUAAUUGGAAUGAAGAAACAUUAUGACCACAAGGUGGAUGUCUACAGCUUCUCAAUAGUUCUUUGGGAGUUGCUCACAAACAAAGCUCCAUUUAAGGGAAGGGAUAACAUAACCGUCGCAUAUGCUGCUGCAGCGAAUAAUGAAAGGCCGAGCUUGGAGAAUAUACCAGAGGAGUUGGCUACUCUCUUGCAAUCGUGUUGGUCAGAGGACCCAGCUCUCCGGCCAGAAUUUGUGGAAAUCACGAAAUAUCUCAAAAACUACGUGCAGUGCCUUCGGCCUACAGAGUUGACACCUCCCAAGGUGGUGGCUAUCCAAGACGACGAAAACGACAUAGGAGAAGAUCUCGAGGACACUAGUAAUGUGACGAAAACAUCCGAUGGAAGGGUGAGAAAGCACGAUUUUCUUAUAUGUUUCGAUAGCUGCUUAUCUGAAUAAAAAUACUGUGGCAUGAGAAAGUCAUAUUUUGAUAGCUAUAAGGGUUCAGAUUAGGAUUUGAAUUUGAUGUACAUAAUCAAUUGUUUGUCAGUAGAUAGUUCAGUUAGCAGACAGGUUCUUUACUUAGAACCCAUACAACAGAACUCAACUUAUAGUGGAUAGAAUAGGAAAUGAAAGAAAAAAAAAAGUUUAUUUCUAUAGUGUUUUUUCUAUUUUUAUUUGUAUCAUAGAUGUUGCAUUGAUUUGAUUUUUAAUUAGGGAUGAGCAUAACCGAAUAUAAUCAAAAAAAUUAUUUUGAA